GUGCUUGCAGGGGUUGAGCUCUGGCUCUUUGGUCUCAACUGUCAAUCAACUGGUGUACAGAUUCUUGGGAUAUGAGGACAAGAAACUGGGAUAUGAGGACAAGAAGCUGGGACAUGAAGACGGUGUUAAAUGACCAGUGCCUAACGACCUGGACCAUCGGGAAUCGAACGUCGACUCUGCAAGAAGCGAGACCGUUGCUGUAUACCGACCAAUCCAAGUGGUCGGGUCUGAUAUAAGACGACUGCUUGGAGGGUGGCCCCAUCUGUUUCCCACAACGCCAACCCUCUGCCACCAGCAACGCUGACAACGUUGUUAAAAACAAGUUUACCCUGCCGCCAUCAACGCAGAUAACAACGCUCGGUAGCCAGCCCGUCUUCUCGUGCGUUUACAACGUCACUAAACCGAUGUACUAAAUUAACACAACCUAACUUAACCGAGGAUCCACGUAUAGAAAACGCGACAGCACGUCAAUUUUGCGAGCCGCUAUGAUUUUUAGUACAUCAGUUUUUGCCCUUAGGGGAUUUAUUCAUCAAAGUGUCGAGUAUUAUUCGAGUGGACGGGUUGCUGUAGAAACCCUCAACUUUCAGCCAACGGAUGUCCGCUCCCAUUAACCCCUGCGUCGUUACUACUCACAACAUUAUCAAUAUAUUCACGCCCAAUUAUGCAAUCAUCUGAUUCUCAGACGUCAUCGAGAGGCGACCAUCAGCUUAUUGGUGGCCCUUAUUGCCGCCAAAAUCUUCAAGAGUUGUUAACGCCGCCAAUGGAACUAACGCAACUAACAGCUAACGAGUCACCGUGCAUGGCGUUAAACCAAGCACCUGAUCCUCUCGAUAUUAUCAGCUGAUUCCGAAGAUGUCGCAGAAACGUCUACAGAAACUCGACAUCGACGUCAAGAAUUCAUCGUUGUUCAUCGGCCAAAAUAGUGAAAUUGAAUCAUAUUUGCCUCCGGGUGCAUUGCCCGGGGAAAAAGAGGAUUAUAUUUUCUUAAACCUUGUUGGUAAAAAAAAAUUGAAUUAAUAUUAUUUGUUAAAUAUGUGACAUUUAUAUUUUUAUACCAAGUGCAGAUAAUAAACAUAAACCAGCUACUCUUAUUUAUAUACAGUAAGUGUGAAUAUGUUCGUGUGUUCAAUUUAAGUUCAAGUAUGUUUAUUGAGACAAGAAAGAAAUACAUCUCAAAGGGAUAGAGUAGCUUAGGCUAUUUCUACGUUGUCGAACAGCCGUUUCAGCCGUUAUAAAAAUAUAAUCAAUAAUGACGCAAAACUGCGUAUAAAUUCGAUCAUAUUAAUGUUCAAUCUUCAUAUGACAACUAAUGAAGGGAAAACUCAUUGUAGAGAUGGCUUAUAGUGACAACACGUGCAAGACCUGAACUAAACUAAACUGCAGUAAUAACAUAAUUCGUGAACACUACGAGUUGUUUAACAAAAGUUUAAACAAGCCAUUCGGCCCUGCCUUUAACUAUCUCUCCCCCUCAAGUAAGUAAUUAUCAAAAGAAGGUACCAAGCCGGGAAUAAGGCUAUGUAGCACCAUCAAAUGUGCGGGACAAUCAUAGGGCCUCGCGUUUCAAGUGAAGAGUUAAAACGGAUACCAAAUACAAAUCCAACAGAAGCCCUAAAUGAGUCGGAGAGACUAAACCAAUAGCAGAUAUUUAAGACGAGUGUGUUUAGUGAGGAAAAACUGUGUAAGUGUUGGCCAGGACCGAAGGGAACACAAACGAGGAAGGUUCUUACUGAAGAAUUUAACUCACAAGAGACUAAUCCAGUCACACAAGAAACACAGGAUUUAUGACCUUGAAAUAACCAAAAUGUCUCAGUUUAAGCUUUGCAGAGUGACGUGGAUGCAGACAACGUUAUGGGGGCUGCUAGCUGUGUGGCUCUCUGGCGGCUCGUGGGCGGCUGCCAUAGCCUUCACCAACAAUGCAGAUGAUAAUGAGACAGAAAGAGUUGCAAGUUCAUUUCACAACACGUCAGAGUGUGAAAAUGACAAGCCCCACCACGACGGGAUCCGCUUGGUCACUUUGCGGUGGAGCGAGGUGGGCGUUUACUACACAAUAACUGCUUUUGUCAUAAUAGCAGGCCUUACCAAGCUAGGUUUCCAUCACCUUCACUGGAUCGCCAACAGGGUCCCGGAGUCGUGCGUCUUAGUCGUCCUUGGAGUCGCUCUAGGCCUCAUUGUAUUUUUCACCACACAUGAUCCAGACCCUACGGACUCUUGUCACCAUCACAUCGAGCUACCGCAUUUUACAUCUGACAAGUUCUUUUUCGUCCUGCUACCCCCUAUUAUCCUGGAUUCGGCCUACUCCCUUCAUGACCGAUCCUUCUUUGAUAACCUGGGCACAGUCCUCGUCUUUGCCGUCAUCGGAACGAUAUUCAAUAUUUUUACAAUUGGCCCCUCACUGUAUGGCUUGGCAGCUGCUGGCGCCAUGGGAAACAUCACCUUCUCGUUUCCAGAGAGUUUAGUGUUUUCUUCUCUUAUCUCGGCUGUGGAUCCAGUGGCCGUUUUGGCCAUUUUCCAGGAACUUGGGGUCAAUAAAGACCUCUACUUUCUCAUCUUCGGAGAGUCACUUCUGAAUGAUGGUGUGACAGUUGUAAUGUACAACACAAUGCAGGCCUUCAUGUCCAUGACGACGGUGACAGUGGGCCAGUAUGCUCUGGCUAUCGCUGCGUUCUUCAUCGUUGUGUGUGGUGGCAUCUUCAUCGGUAUCAUCUUUGGUUGUCUGACAGCCCUCAUUACAAAAUCUACAACAGACGUUCGAGUUCUUGAGCCUUUGGCACUCCUGGGUCUGUCCUACCUGAGUUACCUAACCGCCGAGCUGUUUCAUUUCUCGGGCAUUAUUAGUCUUAUUGUCUGUGGGCUUCUCCAAGCACAUUAUGCUUUCGCAAAUAUCUCACAGAAGUCAUAUACAUGUGUCAAAUACUUCACCAAAAUGGCCAGUGCAACAUGUGACACCAUCAUCUUCAUGUUCCUGGGGAUGGUGCUUGUGAGCAACGACCAUGUCUGGCACACGGGUUUUGUACUCUGGAGCAUCGUUUUGUGUUUUAUCUUCAGGUUUGUUGGGGUGUUUAUGCUAACGGGAAUUAUGAAUAGCUACCGGGUAAAGAAGAUCGGUGUAGAGGAGCAGUUCAUCGCAGCGUAUGGUGGGCUGCGCGGGGCCGUGGCCUUCUCUCUGGUCAACAUGCUAGACAAGAGCUUACAGCCACGCAGGAUAUUUGUCACAACUACACUUGUUGUUAUUCUUUUCACCAUCUUCAUUCAGGGAAUGACAAUUAAACCGUUAGUCAACCUCCUUCAAAUUCAAAAAAAAAAAUCUGGCAAGAAAAAUCUAAGUGAGGAAAUUAAUGACACAACCAUGGACCACAUCAUGGCUGGGGUGGAAGAGAUUCUUGGCCAGCAUGGAGAUUUCUACCUCAGGGAGCUAAUGGUACACUAUAAUGACAAAUACCUGAAAAAGUGGUUUCUACGACCCACUUGUGAAACAAAACUACAAAGGCUUUUUGAAAAAAUUGCAAUAUCAGAGCAUUAUGCUCACCUCUAUGGUCCAGUAGCCAUGAUUGAGGAUAAAGUCACACCUCUCUGUGCCUCAACCAAGAGAGAUAAAAGAUCGCGAGGUUCGUCCUUCUCAUCAUCACAUAAGGAUGAGAUAAUGCUUCAACCAAGGUUGCGCCUCGAGGAUGAAGAUGAAGAUCUCACACACAACAUUCCUGGCCUUGUUAAUGAUGGGAACGUUCAACUAAGGAAGAAGCGUGGAUCAUUCGUACACGUGAGACAAGCUCGGGUGGCUUCCGAAGUGUCCCAGGGCUCCGCUCAACAGCACGAUGAUGAUGCACACGCACUGCGUAAAGCUUUCAGGAGCAACCCAUAUAAUAAGCUUCACUACAAGUACAAUCCCAAUCUGGUCGGCGAGGAGGACCAGGAACUGGAUGAGCAUCUCCACCGCCGCCACCUCAAUGCUCGUAGGAUGACUCGUCUAGCAAGCUCAUCUCGUCUUCCAAAUUAUAACAAUCUUUCAGAAGAUCCACAGCUACGUCGCAGGACAGGUCUAGAUAAUACAGAUUUGCCACAAGGAGUGGCAGAGCUGGUGGAGCGCCACUUUGCUCGCCGCAGAACCAUGUCAUGCCACCAUCGAGGUGUGCCGCCCUUACAAACCUGUCUGUCCUCACCCGAACCUGGAGCUACUUACCCUUCCACAAUGCAUAUCCUACAAGCACUGCAAGAAGCUGUCGAACCAAGUUCUAGCCUUCCAGACAUUAGAACCGAAGCUACCGAGGCUUUAACAGACAGAGCUCCGUCAGUGUUUUCCGAUCCUGGUGGGCGUGGGGUUGAACUCAACAGAGAUAUAGAACUGGAAAGUCUAGAACCUUAUAUUACGACUGAGAAUAGUAAUGGCGAUGAAGAAAUACCUCUGGUAACCACUGUUCAAGAGGAUUCAAGUGUUCAAAGCUCUAAGACUCCUAAUAGAGAUGAUUUGGUUUAAAUAUAGAAAUAAAGACAAUUUAAUUUGUAAUAUUAAUAAGAAAACAAAACUUACUGCUGUUAGUGUGAUACAUUAUGUAAUUUAUACUACAUAAUGUAUUAUGCAAUAUAAAUUAUGUAUUAUGUAAUAUAAAUCUACAUAUAUGAAAUCUAUCAUAUAUCAUGUUCAAAAUGAAAAUACAUAGUAAAGCAAUUUCUGUGAUUUUUUUUAAUAUAUAUAUGAAGAAAGAUGAGGUUAUGAUGGAUUUGUACUUACCUAAAUGUGCUUCAGGGUUACUAUGAAGAUAAUAUCACUAUACAAGAUAACUCCUACACUUACUUAUGAUGUAAGUCAUGACUUACCUUGUCAAGUAACUCCUGGCAAGGUAAGUCAUACACCUUUGUAUGCACUGAAGUGGAUGUAGGUCCAUUUAUUUUUUCCAAUAGGGGCAGGGGAGAGGAGGGGGUUGUAUGGGGAGUGAAUGGGUCGAAUGAAAUCUCUAAUGAAACGAGUCGGCCUCGCCCCCUUAUAGCUUGUUUAUGCAAGGACACUGUAACAGUGAAAAUAGGCUUGUAGAAAAAAGAAGAGUAAGAAUAAUGAUAUACAUAUUAUAUGAUGAAAUUGGUCUCCAAACUAUCGCUUGUAAUGACAUGUAAUGAGCUGUAUAAUCCUUAAGACUGUACUUCUUAAGCAAAUUUUGGAAAAUGCCGUAUUGUGACAUUUGAUAAUUUGCUUGGUGUGGAUAAAGACCUUAGUGACCCAUCAGUGAACUAAGUACAGUAAUACCUGUAUAUCUUGCACCCAUUGUGAUAUUUCCUUUGAUAAACAAUUUAAUUUUGUAUACUACAGUAUAUCUCAAAUAUUUAUAAUUAUAUUUUUAUUGUUAGAGAGUUUUAGAUAGAGAUACAGUAUUUGAGUCUGCUAAUUAACAUAUAAAUUCAGUGUAAAUAACGCUCUAGCCUUAAAAACACUAUACAGUACUUCACGUAUGUAAUUUUUUACAUUAAAGAACUUAAUUAUAUUUUUAACAUUAAAAUAGUUAUAAUUAUGUAGUGUGUUUGCUGGGAAGUACUUCGUAAUGCUUUAGCAAAUCACCCUUUUAGUGAUAAUUUGUAUUCCAAGUACCAGUACCUGCACCUGUAUAAUUAUUUAUACAACUGCAGGCUACUAUUUAACAUAUUUCAUUCCUUGUAUGUAAUUUACCCCAUGUGUAUAGUAUGCUGUUUAGUUUGGUUUUUCAGUUCUGGUUUAAUAAAGUUAUGACUGUAGAGCUGACACAACAAAUACUGAGAGGAUAUGUGACCAAACUACUAUACUCUGAAAGGGCAUUAACCUUUUUUGCUGUUAAUGUUACAAUCAUAUGACAAAGAAAAACCUUUAUUCUUGAGAAUCGGAAUUUUACCAAAACCCUAAAAAAAGUGUUCACGACCUAGUGGAAUAUGACCGAACAUCUGGUAAUCAAUACGGGGGGUUGGACCUGGUAUGUGCAGCCAUCUGGGUGGGGAGGUUCAUUAUACAAGUAAACAUUAUACAAUGCUGUAGCUCCAGUUAAGCUAAGAAUACCUCCCACACACCUCGCAUCUGUUACAAAUAAUCAGUGUAAUUUAAGAUGUCAUGUUCUGUUUAUUUAAACUUUGAGAUUGCUCUGUUUUUCUCUAGUUAUGUUAAAUGUUUUCUUGUUCAAGACUCAGCCACCAUAUCUUAUUAGAAAUGUAUAACAAUAAGAAAAUAACUAUGCCUUUUUUUUCUCUAUAUUAAUUUGUGUUAAGUCUAAAAUACUUAAAAUUCCUCUGAGUAUGUUUAUAUGUUUUAUAUAUGAUAUCCUUUGUAUUGAGAACACUUUUCAUGGUACAGAACCGAGUUUCUUGGAACAUUUUUUAUAUUGAAUAACCAGAUGGGACUCCCAGCUGUGCCCGGGAACACUUAUGGCCUUAUAUUGAGCUACAUGGACAACAAGUGUCUUAUUGAGCAGUUGGUUUUCAAACUAGAAAAACAAAGAAAAUUAUUUAUCCCUAUUUCAGCUCUGUGGUCAUCAAACCAAACCUGAAAUUUGACAGCAACGGGUUAAGGGCAGUUAAUGAGUAAAAUAUUACAUAAAUAUGUUCACAUGUUAUUAGUGCUGUAAUUAUAAAAAAUAUAAACUAUGUAAAAAUGUAAUCACACUUGUAACUUUUAUAUAUAAAAUAUUAUUAUUA